AUGUGGUGGUGCGCUAGAGAGCACGGCCCACGAAGUCCGGAAGAGAAUGCUAACGGCAUGUUGGAAGCACGCCGAACCAUUGGUAAACAGAAGUGUUUCAGUUUUAGUUCCAGUUUUUAUGUUAUAUCUAAUGAGAAGAAGAGCUGGGAGGAGAGCAGAAAAGACUGCAAGGCCAAAGGAGCAGACCUGGUGAUCAUAAACAGUAAAGAGGAACAGGAGUUCAUCGUUAAACAUCUGGACACACGUGAGACUUGGAUUGGUCUGAGUGACACAGUAAAAGAGGGAGAGUGGAAAUGGGUGGACGAUACACCACUGAACACUGGGUCCUGGGCUCAAGGGGAACCGAAUAAUUCAGGUGACGAGGACUGUGCUGUGAUUUACACUUAUGCUUCACAUUUGACUGCAACCUGGAAUGACCAGAAAUGUUCUGCUAAGUUUCCCUGGAUCUGUGAGAAACAUGUUUCUCAAUGA